CUGUAAUUCUUUUACUUAUGAUUUCGCAAUACUGUUUAUCUAAGUUUUUGUAUUCUCGUCUCUCUUUUAUCAUUAAUCACGGUUUUGUAUUUAAGUUUGUUAAUACAUAUUAGGUACUGUACUUUUAACUCCUAAAAACUAUUAUGAAUAUCGCAGGAAAUAUUUGUACGAUCUUCUCCGUUCUGGUGCCAAGCAAAUCAUUUAAACACAGUAAUCUUUGAAACUUUUGGAACUGUAUUCAUAUAAAUAGUUUAUAUUGUAAAGGAUUUCUCGAUAAAUCGUCUACCUUGUAACUCACUCUUGAGUUCGAUCACUGGAUUGGUAAAUAAGAGUCCCAAUUUAGUGGCUAUACACUUAUCUAUAUUUCAAAUUCCAACAACUUAACACUUAUUACUCGUUAUUCGAGUUUACAACGUAUUGCUCUUUACACGUCAACACUCUUAUUGGAACUGUGUUUGCUGCACAAUCUGGCAGCCCUUAUAUAGUAGAUCUUAAACAAAAGUUCGCCACUCGAAUAUUCUGGCAACUACGAAUUCGCUGUCUUGUUACUUCUGGCAAUUUAUUAUCGAUUCGAUUUUGUUCUGUAAUCCGUGUCCGUCACAAUAUUAUUAAACAUUUUGGUGCCUCGUGGUAAUCGUUUGUGUUGGGAUAACUUCGUGGAGCAAUCUGUGAAGCCACUGUUCUCUAAUUAGAGAAAUAUACUCGAGUAGAUAUUACGAUGUGUGGAAGGCUUUGUCAAGUAACGCUCUGAUAAUAUGAAGCAGCUUAAAAUAGUUACCCACGAGUCAUCACAAUCAGUACUGAUUAUUAUGGACACGGUUCAUGAAUCGUAGCGUGCAAUGCGAUUAAUAAACGCCCUAUUACGGAAACACAACAUUUACAAGACCUCUUGAAAUUCUUAGUCUGCUCAUAGCUUGUUUCUUGAACUACCGACCGCAUUAAGAGUCUGCCUACUACUACUAUUGCCGCGCUCAAAACAUAUAUGUACAUAUAUAAAUUAACUCAGCGUACGCAAUACAUACGUAAAUUGUGACAUUGACGUUGGUCAUAGAUGCUAUAGAAUAACGAUUUAAUGCGAUUAAGAUACUCAGGUGUGUUGUAGAAUCUCUGAUUGUCAGAAUCAGAAUUGAAACUGAUAAAAAAAUGCAGUAGGUGUCACGAAUUUAUUUAUUAUUGGUUUGAUGUUGGAAACAAAAAUUGUAUCAGUUUUACGUGUCACGGAAACCAAUUUUACAGGGUUUAUCAGAAACAAAGCAAGAGGAUAGUCGCUGACAGAUCUGAAAUGUACAAAGGUGCUUUUUCUGAAGUACGCCUGGCUGAGAGCAAGGAAAAUCCUGAUGAGCAUUUCGCAGUUAAGAUUAUCGAUAAAAAAGCGUUAAAAGGAAAAGAAGAAUCACUUGAAAAUGAAAUUCGGGUACUAAGGAGAUAUUACGGAGCACUUUUCACUAUACACACUGCACAUGUUUACAGCUACCUAACCAAAUAUAUAUACGACAACACGUUGCUUUGGCUAUGGAAUACAUCAGUGGUGCUCACUUGGCACCCAACAAUAUCAAGUGACUCCGUUUUGCUCCGGAAAACAUCUUUUACAACAAACACAGCACUUUUAAUGAGAACACGCAAAAUGAUCGGAACAAGCAAGUUGACUUGCACUGGCGACGUCUGGCUCGCGGUAGCUCACUCGAAACUAACGGGAUAAUCGUCAUUCAUUCACUGCUGGCUGACAUUGCCUCGCAUUCACUUAGUUUUGGCAAGCAUUUAACAUGGAGUCCACAAAAUAAUAGGAAUGACAUUAUAAGAAAUAUAUUCAUAUUAUAUAUU